AUGCGAGAGAUCGAAGACGAUAGAUAUCAUAAGGAUCACGGACGUCGUUCGGAACGAAGUAGAUACAAGGAGGUGCAGACUGGCAACCCGCUCAGAGUACAGCGACAAGCUCGCCUCAAGAAAGGACUAUGGGCUCGGUUCCCGAUCACCGCUGGAGUGUUUGACGUCCUACAACAACCGAGAUACAACCUUCAAAAGCCGAACGGCCAUCAGUACAAUUACCAACCGGCAUCAGGCGUCAGGUAUGCGAGACGGUGCGAGAGAAUUCAAGGAGCGGAGAACUUACAGGAACAAGUCCAUCCCACGGUCCAACGUCAAUACGAUCCAUCAUCCGGCCUGGCUGUUCGUAUCGGGGAAGGCAGGUCGACUUAUGAACGGGACGAUCACGAGCACAAUAUCGAAGCUCGAGAUUGGGGACUCACCGAUCAUCCGAUAGGUGAACGCCCGUGGUGCUGCCACUCGGGAUCGAUGGGAUCCCGGCCCGUAUACCCUCCAUGGGCCGAUCAGGUCUGGAACGCAAAGCCAUUCGGAGGUCGCGACAAGCUGGAACCCGGGUACCUCGCUGUUGCCGCCGUGUCGCCCGUCCUGGUGCCUACAACCUACGGCCUUCCGGAGGAACGAGGAGAGGAGGACCAGCCGUUCGUGCGUAGGAGCAAGCGGGCAAAAGCUGCGACGGGACGACCUGUCAUGCCGCUCGGAUGGUGGGAUGUCGAUGCUUUAAGCCCGCUUGAACACACCGCGCGGUACGUUUAA